AUGAUACGACAGCACCAAGAGGAGGCUGCAGCCGCAUCAGCUGCAGCUGCUUUAGCUGCUGCAACAGAAGCUUCUUUAGAAGCAGAAAGGGAUAGAGAACGUCAUCUUCUACACGAUUUAGGAGAUGCACACAGCAGCGGGGUUUCAGGCGAUAUAAAGUUUCAACAGGAUCUCGAAUCAGCCAACCUCGGCAGUCUGACACCUCGUGGAGAUGCCGCGGAAUCGAUCAAGCAAGAAUUCUUAUUUCCCUUUAUUGUCUAA